GUGCAUUAAUCGAAAACGCUUAGCUAUUAUCUAGCUUUUUUUUUAAGAUACUGGUUAGCUAUCUUUUUUUUCAACUGUUGGCAACACUGUUACGGAAGGUUACGAAUGUGUUUUCAUUCCUUAAAUGCGUCGCAUCGAAUUUGUUUUGUUGCGCAGCUGGAAAAUAAGUAGUUUAAAAAUUGAAGUUUUUGCGACGGCUUUACCAUCCAUCUUCAAGGCGUAUCUGACUUACGGGCUCGUCCGCUGGGCUGUUCCGGCCCAGGAAAGCGGAGAGAUGUCAAUACGAGCGGCGGUCCAUCGUCUUGUGCAAAAUGGUCGUGUCGUGCUACGUUCAUUACGAAAUAACGAGCGUCUGCAUUCGAGAAGAUACGCAAACGAACACCUUGACAAGAUACACGUUGCACAGGCAGGCAAAUCUCAGAACAGUGGCUCUUGCCGAAACAGUGACAAUGUAUGGAGUACAAGGAGACAUCUCGAUUAUCUAGGAACGCAUGCUCGACGCAUUUUUGUUGACAAUAUUUUAAAGAGGGUGACCAACAGUCUAGCGGCAGAUUUGCGAAGACGCACAGCGAGUAGACUCGUCUUUGGCGAUUCAGCACCUUUUUUUGCUCUUGUUGGUAUAUCGCUAGCAUCGGGUACAGGAAUAUUAACAAAGGAUGAUGAACUGGAAGGAGUGUGUUGGGAAAUUCGGGAAGCAAUUUCGAAACUACAAUGGAAUAUGCCACAAAAUGAUAAAAAUUUCCUAUCUAUUUCUACUGACGAAAAUGCUGUAACAUUGCAAAAUUUUGUAAUGGGGCCUAUAAUUGCCAAAGGUUGUUCCGCCGCUGUGUAUUCAGCACGAUUUAUAGAUACAAUGCGGGACAAAAAUAAUUCAAUAGUUACUGAUGGUGAAACAGAAGAUACAAGUGCGUUCCCAUUAGCUAUAAAAAUGAUGUUCAAUUACGACACGGAAUCCAAUGCCGCAGCUAUUUUGAAUGCCAUGUAUAGGGAGACGGUACCCGCUAGAAAACAUGAAAACGAUAACUUAACUAUUUGGGAACAAAAAUUGAUGGAGAAUAAAGUCACGCUACCACCUCAUCCAAACAUUGUGGCGAUGUAUUAUGUAUUUACUGACAAAAUACCAAUAUUGCCAGGUUCUUGGGGAAUGUAUCCUGACGCCUUACCCAGUAGAAUCAAUCCUCACGGAUCGGGCAGGAAUAUGAGUUUGUUUUUGGUGAUGAAAAGGUACGACAUCACCUUAAAGCAAUAUGUGGCAAAUCGAAAUAUUGAUUUACGAGUGUCAAUAUUAUUGUUUGCCCAGCUUCUAGAAGCAGUAGCUCAUAUGAACAUAAAUGGCAUAGCGCAUCGGGAUCUGAAAAGUGACAACAUUUUACUCGAUUUAUCAGAAGAGACCGAUAAUUCUCCAUCUCUAGUCAUAACGGACUUUGGCUGUUGUUUGGCUGAUAAAAACGGAUUAUACCUGCCUUACAACACUCAUAAUAUCGAUAAAGGUGGCAAUAUUGCGUUGAUGGCACCAGAAGUAAUAACGGCGGAACCAGGUCCUUUUACUAGUAUAAACUAUACCAAAGCUGAUCUUUGGACAGUGGGAACUAUAGCGUAUGAAAUAUUUGGAAUGCAAAAUCCCUUUCAUACUGAAAAGGGAGAAGUUUCUCUAAACAAUUAUAAUUACACUGAAAGUGAUCUUCCCACAUUGCCGGAUAAUGUACCACCUAUUAUCAACACUAUUAUAAAAAAUAUAUUAUCGAGAAAUUUGUAUAAGCGACUUAAUAGUGAAUUGGCAGCCACUGUAAUGCAACUGUAUUUAUGGGCACCUAGCUCAUGGCUGAAAAGCGAGGGACAAUUACCAUCGAGCAACGAGGUCGUGAAGCUCGCGCCGUCCGGUGCGGCGAAACCAAGCAACCGGCCGAAUGCUUUGACGAGUAUAGCUAAACGGUACAGUGCCGAACAAGUAUUGUACUGCACAAAUCUGUGAAAUUUCUAUUAACAUCUAUUGCUGUAUUCUUAAAUCGAGUUCAAUUUAAUUGAUAAGAAAUAAUAUCAGUAAUAAUAAUAUUAUUACUUGCUUACUUAGGAACUUCCGUUUUCGGGGCCGAGUGAGUUAGAUGUGUACAGUGUGCCGGUAGUAUUCAGUAUGAGAUUAUGAAGUGAAAAAAGGCUAUAGAGAGAGUAGGAUACUUGAGUGUGGCUGACAGGGAUUGAGUGGAGUGUGUGGGUGAUAAAAGGUAGAGUGGGAGAAGAAUGGUUCAAAGAAAAAUAGAAUAUUAUUUGGUUGAGUGGACGAAGUUCGAUGGACAACAGAGUAGGGGCAACGAAUAGAUAGGUAGAUUGAAGACGGGCGAGCGAGAGAGUAGGGAGUAGGAGCGCGGCUUGGUGGUUUAGCUGGGAGGUAAAGGAUAGAUAAAGCGAGUUUAAAAGAGGACGAUAAAAGUAAAGGAUAUGGAGAGAGGGAAAAGUGAUAGCUGUACUUUAUUAGAAGAUUUUAUACCAAGAAAUAAAAUAAAAGAGUAGAAAAGAAUGGAGGAAGUUAGAGGAUAGCGAGAUCACCGACAGGAGAGGAUGGGGGUGAGUUAGAUAGAAGGUUGAAGGAUUGGAAAGACGAAAUGGAGAGUUUAAAGAUUAUAAAGGCUGAAAUAUAGAAGGAGUUGAAGGAGGUUAUACAAGAACAGGAAGAGAGGAUGAGAGAAGAAAUAGAAGUUUAAAAAAUUAAAUUAAGGAGUUUAAGGAGAGGGAAAAAAAGAGUUCAAGACGCACAGAAGGAGUUAAAGAGUAGGAUAGAGGUGAUGGACAUUGGAGGAGAUAGAGUACUAGAAGGGAGGAUCAAGGAGAUGGAGAAGAUGAAAAUGAAAGAUAGAAAGAGAUAAGGAGAAAUAUAAUAAUUAGGGGGUAGCGGUAAAAGAGGAAAAGAGGAAGUGGGUAUUUAAAGAUAUAGAUGCAAAAGUUACGGUAAAGGAGGUAAAAAGAAUAGAGAUGAAAAGGAAAGGGAGGGAAAUGAUGGAUAAGGUUUGAAAAUGAGGCAUAGAAGAAAGAAGUAUGGAGUAAAAAGAGGAACCUGGGAAGUAAGGAAGAAAAAAAUUUUAGAAGACUGGACAUGAAAGAAAAGAAAAUGACGUGGAGGUUAGAGAUGAUAGCAAGAACAGAAGAAGGGAAAGGAAACAGGGUAUGGAUAGGUUAUGCUAGGAUCAGGAUUGGAGAGAGUUGGAGGUGGGAUGAAGAGAAAAAGAUACUUAAAAAUGAGAAAGGAGAGAUGAGGAUGGAGGAGUUAAGGGAAGAAGAAAGUGAGGGGGAGAAGAAGGGACGAGAGGUUGGAGGAGAAGAGGGAGUGAGAAUCACUUUCUCGAACGUGGCGGGGUUAGGGAAUAAAAAUAAAGAAUUUUGAACAGGUUUAAAAGAAUGGAUGUGAUGUUUUUGAUAGGAACGUGGUUAGAUAGAAAAGGAUGGGAAGAGGUGAGGAAUACACUACCAAAGGGCUUUGAGUGGGUGUGUAAAAUACAGGGAGAAAGAAUAAAAGAGGUAGAGCGAUGGGAGGAAUGAUUGUUGGAGUUAAAAGAGAAUUAAAACGGGGACUUAGAUAGGAGAGCGUCCCACAUGCGCACAGUAAUAAACGGACACAGCAGGCUGAGUGAAACGGACACAGUAACAAAUGGACCUACUACAUGGGUUGCGACUUUUCAGGGCACCCCUACCGACGGGCUGGGUGCGGAAGCACCCCUUUGCAUCCGUGUGUGUGCGUGCGUGCGUGCAAAGCAUUCUUUGCACCACAUGGGUUUGUGACUAUGUCCGUUUCACUCAACCUGCUGUGUCCGUUUAUUACUGUGCGCAUCUGGGACUUACUUUAAUAUAGUAUAUCUAGGAGAGGGGAUUAUGUCGGUUAAAGUCAAAAUAGGUAGGGAAAGCUAGAAGAUCGUAGGAGUGUAUGUAAAGGGUGAAGAAAGAGGGAAAUCACAAUGCAAGUAUUAAGAUUGGUUAUGGACAUGAAGGAAGGAGAAACUAGAGUAAUAAUAGGGAAUUUUAAUGAAAGGAUAGGUAGGAAAAGAGGAGAUUGGAUAAUAAGAUGAAUAGAGUGGAAGAGUGGAAUGAGGGAAGAAGACGGUCAAAGGAUAAUAAGAUUGAUAAAGGAGGAAGAAAGCUAUUAAAGAUGAUUGGAGAUUGUGAGUGGGAAAUUUUUAAUGGGAGUGUGGCAGAAAAUGAGGGUUUACAUACAUAGGAGGUAGAGGAAGCACUGUGAUCGAUUAUGUAUUGGGAGAUAGAGAAACGAAGGAAAGGAUAGAAUGUUAGUAGAGGAUAAGGUAGAUUCGGAUCAUUUCUUAGUAGAGAUAGAACUUAAGAGUGGCGAGUGAGAGGACAAUGAGAGAAUAAAAAGUAGAAAUAUAAGGGAGGUCUGGGACGAAGAGGGUAAAAAAAGGUUUAGGGAGGAGUUAGAAGGGGAUAUGGGACAAGGGAAGCGCCAAGGUUAAAUGAAGAGUCGGAUAGGACGGAAAAUAGAAUUAGAGAGGCACUAAGAAAGACAGAUAAAAAUGAGAAAGGGAAAGAAGAAUAAGAAUUGAUGAGAUAAAGAGUAUGUUGAUGAAAAAACAGGUGAGGGAGGAAUUAAGAAGGUGGAGAGAGAGGAAGAAAAAGAAGAGGACCUUCGUGGAGAAGAAAAGGGAGUGUAAAGAUUUAUGUGAGAAAAAAGGAGGAAGUGGUGGAAAAAGCAGAAGAGGCUAAGUCAGAGAGUGAAGUUUGG